AUGGAGCCGAGUGUCGCAAUAGAUCAUGAUGAAAUAUCUCAAUCUAGAUAUUUUGUAAUUGUUGAAAAACUAUCGAAGAUCGCUAGGAUUAUUUACAUCACGGACAAUUUUUUGAUUCCAUCUUUGUAUCCCUUAAAAGAGCAGUAUCCAAAAGUUGAUAAAAUCGUAUAUGUACAACUUACCGUAGAUUUGGUAUCAAUCUUUAUAUUUAUUACGCACGAAUUUUUACUACUGGAAAAUGGAACCUAUGAAAAGCGAUAUUUUGAACGGAAGUCAAAGAGGUGUUCAAAAUUUGGAUGCUCUCGGUGUAAUGCUAGUGCUCACCAUCCUAAAUGGUUCAAAGUUAAGCAUUCGCUAUUGUGUCUAGGAAUGUUCUUAUUUGGGGUAUAUUCGUCAAUAAAAGUUAAUAACUUUUUCAGAACUGAUCAAACCGUUAACUUAUACAGAUUAUUAUGGUUGUUAUGCUGGCAACUUAGUGUGAUUUUUAGCAUGAAGUUAUCCGCCUUUUACGGGGAACAAUUGGAUUCCCACAGCGUGCCUCUUGAUGGGAACGACAAUUUUUUUGGCAGAGUAACCACUGCCGCUAGAGCGGUUUAA